AUGGUGGACAACGUCGAUGAUGGUCCGUUGGUAGCCGAAGAAGCAGCCAAGGCAAAGGACGCCGCCACGUCGAUACAGGGGGACCGGACACAGGCGGAGGGUGGGCCGGACAAAAGCCCACUGCCGUCGACCCAUGAAGGGAGCACACCUCAGUCCAACGGCCCACCUGCCCAUGAGGCCCAGGAGGCCAGUCAGGCCGUAGCAGUUGAUGCCGAUCGUUCAACAGCCCACCAAUCGCCACCAUGGGACGGGACGGUGCCGGACGAGGAACAGGGGGCUAUAACGCCACCGGUCAACAGGCCGGAGCGCACUACACCAUCGCCGUCGAAGGACACGGCAUCGGCGCAGCGAAGGUUCAAGUCGUUUGCGGUGAAGGUCAACAGGCCCAAGCCUGUGGCGCUACUGAAGCGCCCAUCACCAGUCAAGGCGGCAGAAACGCCUAGGAAAAGGCCGACGCGAAGCCGGAGGAUCGCGGCGUAG